UAUAUUAUAUGUGUGAAAUCUGACGCAUAUGUGAUCUUUCGCUAUAUCAUAUCAUAUAUCAGUGUGUCAGAAAUUUCCAGAUUAAAACGCCACGCAAACCAUUGUGCGAAGCAGAUUUUGUCAAAAAUCGCAGAAGAUUAAGGCUUAUAUUAAUUACUUAUUAUAUUAAGAGAAAUUAAUUGAGAUGUCUUACUACGCAGUAGCUAAUGGUCGCAAUGUUGGAGUUUAUGAUAAUUGGGAGGAUUGUAAAGAUCAAGUUCAUAGAUAUUCCAAAUGUAAUUUUCGAAAAUUUGAUACACCAGAUCAAGCUUGGGAUUAUGUUGACCAAAAUUCUUCAUCUUCAAGUGGAUACAAAUAUGUUAAUGAUUCAUAUAAUUCGGGCAAUAAAGCUAUAGCUUACAAAAGUGGCAACAAUCAAGUUGCACUAAGAAAUAAUUCUCAAGAGGCAAGAGCUUAUCAACGAACUGAUUACAUGGAAGGACGAAAUGGCGUUGUUGUGCGUGAACGUACUUUCACAAGUGGUCGACAUGGCAAUGGUUAUUUUGUUGAGAAACGCAUACGUACCUACUGGGAAAAAUAAGAUGCUAAAAAAACUUCAUAAUAUACAAAAAAUGCAUAGAUAAGUUUUUUUCAAUAACUUUAAACAUUAAGUUAAUAUUGAUUAAAGCAUGUUUAUUGUAGUUUUACAUACGUACAAGUGAUUGAUAUUAAAUUUUUCUUUUUUUUUGUUUCUUUAA